AAUCGCAGGACAAUCCAGAUGAGGAAGGAGAAGAAGGGGCUAGAUCUGCGGAUGACCAGGAACCAACUUCCUUGGAAACCGGUUCCGGUGAUCCGGAUCGUGAUUCCUACUCAAAUCCAAUCGAUAUGCUACAAAAUGCUCAGCAAUUGGCGAGCAGUGUUGCCAGCAGUGGAAAACGAUACGUUGGGCCACCAGCUCAAUCGCCAGAUCAUUCAGCAGGACCCGUGCACAAAGCUCAGGGAAGCAUCUCGUCCCAUGGAUCCGGUACAGGCAACAGCCACCAUUACCAAAACGCACAACAAUCUUCGCCAAAUGAGGACAGCUAUUCGAAUCCCAUCGACAUGAUUCGACAACAAAAGUCCGCACCGAAUUUGAAACUUUCAGCCAACGUUCAACGUUUAGUUGAAAAUGGUCGGAAGGAUGACGAUAUCUACGUACUGCCAGUUUCGGAAGAAGGACGAAAUCCUCAACGACCGAAUCAUCUGGAAAUGAGAGGCAUACCCAAUCGAUCCAGCGGUUCCAGGUCCCAGUACACGGAGGAUAAUAUCGCUACCAGGAUCGAUCCAACGUACAACGUCGCUGGCACUAGUCCCGGUAACGUAACAUCGAUGAACACUUCAUCGAUUUCCACGCCUCCAGAUAUUCUUGAAUUUUCCGAUCCCGGAUCAUCUAGUCCAGUGCCACCGUACAUGCCGAUACAAGGAACUCGUCGGAAUAACGCUGCCGACAAUAAGAAGCGAAAAUCAAAAGAACGCUGCGCUCAACAGUAAUCUUCCAUAUUGUCCCAAAAUCCAAACAGUUAGUGGCAUAAAUAAGCGAAAAAAAAAACGUUAAACAUUUAAACACCUGUUCCAUAAUCUCUAUCGUCGUAGCCCGUCACUAAUUAUACAUAUUGUACUACUAGUUAUCGAUUUUUAAACAAUUAAAAUCUUUUAUACAUCGUCAGUAUGAAAGGAAGAUGCCGUCGGCAAUUCGCGAAAACAUAUAAUAAACUCGUUAAACAUGUCUAUAAGACAAUAAAAAAAAGAAUACAUUAAUCUGCAAAAUCAAACUGUAAGUAAACGAUAAUCUUUGAUAUUUAUUGCAAUCGAGUGUAGGAGUGGCCGAUAACUUUUAUACCCGAUAGUCAAAUUGUGAGCAGCCUAUGAACACAAACACAGAUUUACA